AUGCCGAAACUCACCAUAGAACCUUGCCAGAAUUGUCGCAAGCGCCAUUUGAAAUGCGACGGAGCGCGACCUGUAUGUGCCCGAUGCAGGGAACUCGGCGAGGAAUGCAGCUCCAACAGUCCGGUUAUUCGAUAUCGGCAUGGUCUUAGCCAGUAUGGACUGGAGUUUUCGGAUGACCAGCCAUGGUUGACUACAAAAACGCAUCUACAAUUUAUCGACGAAUCUCCGCAUCUGGCAUACUACUAUGACAACGAGCAGGAUCAACCUUAUGCACUGUCAUUACAGCAUCGUCAAUCUUCUCCGUCACAGAAACAAUCGGACACAGGAAUUGACAGUCAGAAUAAAGCAAAAUCACCAAAGGCAUCAGGCCCUGCCACUCCCCCCCGAUCCAGUCGCUCAUCUGAAAACUCCCCAAUCGACACAAAAACACAAUGGCCAGAUCUACCUCGCUCAAUCUGGUCGCACAAAGACGUGCAGGAGGCCUGUUUAAUGCGGUAUUUUGUCGAGGAACUGGCACAAUGGUUCGACUCGUGCGAUUCAUCUAAGCACUUUGCCCUUGUUGUUCCUCACAGAGCGGCAACUUGUCCAGCACUUCUAUAUUCCAUCUUCUCAGCCUCAGCACGGUAUCUCAGCCGAAGCCAGUAUGCCACUGGCAAAGAUGUCUUGUUUGCGGGGAAAAGACUGCCAUAUCUCAGAGAAGAGACUGCCCUCGAAUAUCAGAGCUUAUGCAUCUCCCACUUGAUGGAGUUGUCUGGCGACACCGCUGACGUGCACGAUGAGAAUCUCCUGGCUGCUGCUGUUAUCCUACGGUUCUAUGAGGAGGUGGAUGCACCACUCGUGGGAGUUGACGAUGAAACAUAUCUACGAGGAACGCAUGUAUUUCUCAAUGCACAAGCCGCCACAGCCGUCAGAGAUGAUGGGCUUCAACGAGCUGCAUUUUGGGUUGGAUUCCGACAGGAAUUCCACAAAGCAUUCCUGCAACAGCGAGUCUUCCAGUUUGACUUGAAUUGCUGCAAUGACUCGACGUAUAGACUGCUGGAUCCAGUCGAUGACUUCACCUGGGCGAAUAGGAUCAUUCUGCACUGCGCCAAUGCGCUGAUGUACUGCUACGGCGAGCAGGACCGUACGAUGAAGAACUACGACGAGCUGGUCGAGUAUAAUCAAGGAUGGCAGGCGUUGACUCCACCGACUUUUAAUCCCAUUUACUGCAAGGAAGCGGAUCGGUCAAAGGGUGAGGUAUUUCCUGAAGUGUGGUAUUUGGACGAUUGCAUUGUCACUGCGAUGCAGCAUUUGCAUCUGGCAAAGAUCCUCCUGACGGUGUUUAAUCCCAAGAUUCCCCGGUUGGGUCCAAGUCGGAGGGCAGCAGUGGCACAGAGAGAGGCCGAGAUAAAAGCCAACAUGUUCCGGCUAUGUGGGAUAGCACUGUCGAACAAAACAGCUCCUGGAUUUAUCACAGCCUGUAUGGGUGUUUCCAUGUGUGGUGAUCGAAUAACAGACCGAACAGAACAGGAUGCUCUGCUGGGGAUACUGGUCAAGACGGAAGAGACACAUGCAUUGUCAACAAAAGCGGCCCAGGAGCAUCUGAAGCAGGCGUGGAAUAAUUCGAUUUCUGAUGAUGUUGUUUAG